AUGAAUGAAAUAGCUGCAAAACGGAGAAGACUCGAGCUGGUGGGUAGAAACGAUGAGGCGAAGCACUAUCAUAUUCCUGAUAGUUUCUCAAUAAUAACAUCAUCUACCCCUGUCGCCAUCAUCUACCCCUAA